UUUUACCUAAAUAAAUUAAAAUUACAUGUAUAUUAUUUUUAUUUAAUUGUAAAAUAUUUAUCUAGAAAUGUACACUAUUUUCUAAUUCCUAAUGAAUGAAAUCACACUCAAGAAGGGUGUGGAUGGCAAAAAUGAUCGCAAAAACUUCGUUAAAGAGUACCCGAGUUUAUCUGCAGUUUUAAAUGGCUUAGCUGCUGGCAUGACUAACAUUUUAAUCCAGCCUUUUGCCGUUAUGAGGACUACAAUUCAGUCAAUGAACAUUUACACGCAUGGGAUUAGGCCUGAUCGGAGUAGAAUUCUCGAGAUUCUAAAGAGUUUCAGGGCCGGAGGAAUCCGUACAAUGUAUCGAGGCUGUGCUUCCUCAGUGUGUAUUUCCGCUAGCGGCUGGGUUAUUUUCAGAUUCCUGUACGAUAAAUUAGCGCACUAUGACUUUUUUAAGGAUAACAGGCUUUCGGUUAAUUUAGCUCGUAGCGCCACUAGUAGUCUUAUCACAAGUGUUAUUCUUCAUCCUUUUUGGAAUGCUAGAUUAGCUAUUGAACUUCAGAGCAGGCAAACUGGUAUUGACGGCUGGCCUCAAUAUCGUGGCGCUUUAAACUACUUAAUUCGUACAUUUUAUCAGAAAAAUGGUCUAAAAGCUUCUUUCAGAGGCCUUUCAGUUUCCUUAUCUUCAGUUUCUCAUCACACACUUUUAAUUGUAAUAUAUGAUAAACUCUCUCAACAUAAGCUUAUUAGAAUCGACGGUCAUGUAUUUGAUAAGGUUAAUAUUUUCCUGAAUGGUAUGAUUUCCAGGAUGGUUCCAACUCUUGUUUGUUACCCCCUCUAUGUUAGCAGAGUUAUGCAGCAGUGUCACAACACUGAGAUUAGGAGUUUUUCCAUUUCCCGCAUCUUUUUAUGGAACUUAAAGCAUAAUAAUCUCAAGGGUAUGUAUUCUGGUCUUCCCGUCCAGGUUGUCAAAUCUAUGUUAUCUGGUGGUAUCAUGUUCUCGCUUUAUGAAAUUCUCGUCAGAAUAAGUAAUCGUGUACUAUUAAUGUUAUAAUUUAUGG